UAACGGAACAUAAUCUGGCGGAUAAUUGUAAAUUGCAGAAGACAUCAUCACAAAUCGCGAAAAUACUCGCUCCAAGAGGAUCCACAAUGGAGAAAACGAUCGGGAGCUGGCCUCCCGGAUGGGCCGGGUGUGCUUGCAAGGCGAGUGAGCGUACAACCGGAAGAGGCAAGCACCCUUCAAGAACUGGACAUCGACGACCUGGAAUCGCACAGGAGCGACGAUCCGCGUGGUAUGAGGCGUCACAAGGCGGCCCAUUCGACGGUCCAGAUUGGCCGAAAGAAGGAAGGUGGCAUACCCCAUGACACCUUCAAAAAAAUGUACGACCAUUCUCCGCACGAGGUAUUCGUCCAAUUGGACGAACUGUAUGGGGUCGGUGAGGAAAGGGAGUGGAGGGAAACGGCUAGAUGGAUCAAAUACGAGGAAGACGUCGAGGAGGGAGCGGACAGAUGGGGCAGGCCCCACGUAGCUUCCUUGAGCUUCCAUUCCCUGUUGAACCUCCGUAGAUGCCUCGAGACAGGUGUAGUUCUCCUCGAUCUCGAGGAAAAGGAUCUCCCUGGCCUGGUAUAUAGGGUGGUCGAGCAAAUGGUGAUCGAGGAGCUGAUUCUACCGGAGGACAGGCCGGUAGUGAUGAGGGCGCUGUUGCUUAGGCACAGGCACGUUCACGAUCACGAUCGUGGAUUCCGUUUCGGCGGGAAACGGAAUUACGCCAGCUACACGAGCUUGCAGUCCGUCUGUCUGGAGGAAGAGGACGCUGCGCGGGAAGCCUCUGAGAACCAUGUAACCCAACAUAAUCUAAACGACACGAAACCAAAAAUCGUGUCGUCGAACUUGGCCCUGGACAGCAAUCACACGGUGGUCGAUAUGAAGGAGGAAAUGACAUACACGAGCAGCAACGAGGAUCUGAAAAAGAGUCACAACGAUUACAUAUUGAAGAGGAUCCCGGCUGGCGCCGAGGCCACGGUUGUCCUGGUCGGUGCGGUCGAUUUUCUGGACCAACCUACGAUCGCAUUCGUCAGGCUUGCCGAGGGUGUGUUCAUUCCAUCGAUCACGGAAGUCACGAUACCAGUAAGAUUCAUGUUCACGUUGCUGGGGCCGAGGAACGCUGAUCUAGAUUAUCACGAAAUCGGUAGAUCGAUCGCCACCCUAAUGGCCAAUACGUCGUUCCAUAAAGUCGCUUACAAAGCGAACGAAAGACGAGAGCUUCUUUCCGCGAUCAAUGAGUUCCUGGAUGAUUCGAUUGUCCUGCCCCCUGGAGAUUGGGAGAGGCAGGCGUUGUUACCUUUCAGCGAGUUAAAGGCGAAGAGCGAGGCCAUCAGGAAACGGAAGGCCAAAGCGCUUGAAGAGAAGAGCAAACCCAUUCAAAGCGAGGCAGCUGUCAAGAAAGCUCUUCUUGCUGGCGAAGAAGAAAAGAAACCUCCCGACGACGAUGAUCCACUUCGAAGAACUAAACGUCCAUUUGGUGGUCUUAUCAAUGAUAUCAAAAGGCGCUACCCUUUCUAUCUCUCCGAUUUCACCGAUGGUUUGAGUUCAUCUUGUCUAGCGGCAGCCAUUUUCAUGUACUUUGCUGCCCUCUGUACAGCCAUUACUUUUGGUGGCUUGAUGAGCGACAAAACGCAUAACAUUAUCGGCAUAUCCGAGACUCUAGUUUCUGGUUCCUGGACUGGAGUAGUGAUGGCUUUAUUUUCCACUCAACCUUUGGUCAUCAUUGGUACAACUGGCCCUUUAUUGCUCUUCGAUGAAAGUUUGUACAACUUCUGCCUGGCGAAUGAAUUGGAAUUCUUAACCGUGAGAGUUUACGUCGGAGCAUGGAUGGGAAUCAUAGCUCUAGCAAUCGCCUGUGUUGAGGGAUCCGUGUUGGUCAGACUAUUCACACGUUUCACCGAAGAAAUUUUCACAGGCUUAAUUUCCAUUCUUUAUAUCGUUGAAACGUUUAUCAAGCUGUACAAUUAUUUUGUGAAAAAUCCAUUGCUUGAUGAAUAUAGUUUUAUUCCUGAGACGAAUGAAACAUUUUACGAAGAGCCAUUAAAUGUUACAGAGAUCAACAUUGUUUCCCCAAAGACUGGUGAGACAAUUGGUAUUCCAUUGAACGAACCUCAAACUUUGAUACCAGCGCAUAAUGCAGCUGGAAUAUUGAUAAAUCAACCGAACACCGCCCUUAUGUGUACCAUUUUGUGUCUUGGUACUUUUCUCGGUGCUUAUUAUUUGCGUAUUUUCCGCAACAGUCAUUACCUCGGACGAAGUGCCAGAAGAGCCUUUGGUGAUUUUGGCGUGCCCAUCAGUAUUGUUGUAUUUGCGUUGAUCGAUUAUCUGGCUAAAGUAAAAACGGAGAAAUUAUUGGUCCCAGAAGGUUUAACCCCGACUCUACCUGGUAGAAACUGGAUCGUAUCACCCGCUGGAGUGCAUAAACCUAUUCCUCUAUGGAUGGCUAUGGCUUGCAUCGUGCCAGCGUUGCUGGUUUAUAUUCUUGUUUUUAUGGAAACUCAAAUCUCUGAGCUAAUCAUCGAUAAAAAAGAACGAAAAUUACGAAAAGGUAACGGCUAUCACAUGGAUAUAGUAGUAGUGUGUUUAAUGAAUGUCGGUUGUGGUUUAAUGGGCGCUCCUUGGUGUUGCGCCGCCUCCGUUCGAUCAUUAACACACGUCUCGGCGGUGACAGUUAUGUCUCGUACUCAUGCACCUGGAGAUAAACCGCACAUUGUCGAAGUGAAGGAGCAGAGAGUGAGCGCUCUAUUAGUUGCCGUGUUGAUUGGCGUAAGUGUGUUAAUGGCGCCACUUUUACGACGCGUACCAAUGUCCGUCCUUUUGGGGGUGUUUCUCUACAUGGGUAUCUCUUCAACGAACGGCGUCCAACUGUUCGAUCGUGUGAAGCUGUUUUUCAUGCCAGUGAAACACCAUGGCACGGCUAAUUACGUACGACGUGUACAAACAUACAAAAUGCACAUCUUCACCCUCAUACAAAUUUUGUGCCUGGCUAUACUGUGGAUUGUGAAAAGUACCAGGGCAGCCUUGGCACUUCCGUUCUUCCUGAUUCUUAUGAUACCCUUACGAGGUCAGAUGAACCACUUUUUUACUGCGGCAGAGCUACGGGCACUCGAUAGCAAAGGAUCGGAACACGAGAGUACCGAGGAUGAACCAGAUUUUUACGAGGAAGCUCCGUUACCUGGUUAGAUAGUGCCUUAUUCGACUUGUCCGAAAAAUACCUCUCCUCUCUUCUCUUCUCUUCCUACAUUGUUUUCUUCCCUAACUUCUUUUUUCAUUUUUUUUUCUUUUUUUUUU